GGCAUUGUAGGCUGUGUUGUGUUGGUAAAAAUAAAUGGUGAAAAUUAGGAUGUAGGAAAAUGAGCGCGAGUUUUGAAAGAAGUUCAUAAUCAUUUACUUUGAAGAUUUGUCACGAUAUUAUCUUGAUUUUUCGUCGGUACCCCUACUCCUACUGCUAUGCAAUGUGCAAUGUAAAAAAUUGAAAAAGAGCAUAUUUCGGUGAAUGUUAUGGCUGAACAACGUUUACAAGAACAGCAGGUUGAGGAGGACGAAGACAGUCUUGGCGGGCCACUUGUCGUCAAUAAACUGGAGCAAUUUGGUAUAAGUGCCAGUGAUGUAAAGAAACUUGAAGAAGCUGGAUUGCAUACCAUAGAGGCUGUUGCAUACUCUUCAAAGAGACAUUUGACUCGAAUCAAGGGAAUAAGUGAUGCAAAAGCCGACAAAAUACAGCAGGAGGCAUACAAGUUGAUACCAAUGGGCUUUACUACAGCUACUGAAUUUCAUGCCAAACGAUCAGAACUGAUAUCCAUAACUACAGGAUCAAAAGAAUUAGAUAAAUUGCUUCAAGGAGGAAUUGAGACUGGUUCAAUAACAGAAAUAUUUGGGGAAUUCCGCACAGGAAAAACUCAACUUUGUCACACUCUGGCUGUAACUUGCCAGUUACCCAUUGAUAUUGGUGGAGGAGAAGGCAAGGCAAUAUACAUUGAUACAGAGAAUACGUUUAGACCCGAAAGAUUAUUGGCUGUAGCAGACAGAUAUGGUCUUGAUGGAGAGCAAGUGAUGGAUAAUGUAGCCUACGCAAAGGCUUACAACACAGAACAUCAAUCACAGUUAUUACUUAACACUUCUGCCAUGCUUUCUGAAUCAAGGUAUUCAAUAGUUAUCGUGGACAGUGCUACAUCUUUAUAUCGAACUGAUUAUUCUGGUCGCGGGGAGUUGGCUGAUCGUCAAAUGCAUCUUGCUCGAUUUUUACGUACCCUACUACGACUAGCAGAUGAAUUUGGUGUGGCUGUUGUUAUUACAAAUCAAGUUGUCGCUCAGGUUGAUGGAGCGUCUGUAUUUCAAACGGAUCCAAAAAAGCCAAUUGGUGGACACAUCAUGGCACAUGCUUCUACAACAAGGUUAUUUUUACGAAAAGGUCGUGGUGAAACGAGGAUAUGCAAAAUCUACGACUCGCCUUGUUUACCUGAAGCAGAGGCAAUGUUUGCCAUAAAUCCUGACGGUAUUGGUGACGCCAAAGAUUAGAAAAUGAACUGAAAAUAAUUGCUGCAUCUGAACUUAUCGUCGAAAUCACUAUACUGAAGUGUAGUCAUCUCAUUUUGAGUUAAUUGUUAUUUACAGAAGUACAAAAUUAAAAUGAAUUACAAAAUCAAAA